AUGCCUCAGGAAAAAAAGAAACGUGGUCGGCGGGAAGAAAAAGCAAGUAAGAAACGAAAGCUCAACGAUGUGUCCGAAAAACCUGCAAAACGACUGAAACCGGGGGACCAGCAACCAGAAGAUUUUGAGGAAGAACUUGUGGUCAGAGGCGACGCUGGAGAUGACUUCAUCAGCUUCGAUAUGCCAGCGCCAGAAGGAGUUGAAGCCCCACCAAUCGAAGAUGAAUUCCAUGGACUUCUUGACCCUCAAGAACAGGAAUACUACACAAAUAUUAAUAACAAGAUUGUAGCAAAUGACUUUGAGUCUGAAGAAGAUCGAAUCUUGUUCAUUGACGCUGUCCACCGAGAAACUGAAGGCAAAGAGUUGAAAGUCGCGUCGAGUCAAUCUUGCUCUCGAUACUUGGAGAAAAUCAUCCUACUGUCUACACCACUUCAAUUGCGAGGCCUUUUCAGUAAAUUUUUGGGAAAUCUCACAUCUCUUGUUCGGCAUCGAUUUGGCAGUCACUGCUGCGAAACACUAUUCCUCGAAGCUGCUAAAUAUGUCGGUCACGAAAAGCGAUCAUCGAAAGACGAUGCGGAAGAUGGUCCGGCAUCCUUAGAGGACCUCUUUCUGCAAGCAGCAGAGGAAUUGAAACCAAAUAUGGGCUUUCUACUUACAGAACGAUUUGCCUCUCAUACCAUCCGGGUAUUGUUCUUAGUACUUUCGGGACUGCCUCUCGAUGAUACAUCAGUGAAAGCUAUGCUAGCAAGCAAGAAAAAGGAAAACAUUGAAACACCUGGGACGACAAAACCCAAAGUCUCCGAGACCAAGCGAGUAGUGCCCAAAAGUUUCAACCAGGCGCUAUCAGAUUUGGUUAACAGUGCUAUAUCUUCCCUCGAUACCACCUACCUACGCGCCUUAGCGACACAUCCUCUCGGUAAUCCAGUCCUGCAACUGCUGCUCAAGUUUGAGCUCUCCGAUUCCAAUAAAAGCAAGUCUUCCGAACAGCCGUCUUUGUUCAGCAAGUUGCUUCCAGAUGAGUCUCUAGAUGAAGAUUCUGAGAGCGCCAAAUUCCUCUCGGGUUUGAUCUAUGAUCCAACAGGUUCGCACUUGGUGGAACUUCUUGUUCAGAAACUAUCUGGAAAGAACUUCAAGAAUCUGUACAGAGUGGUUUUGAAGCCAAAGCUGGAAAGUAUGGCAAAGAACGAUAUCGCAGGUUAUGUCGCAAUCAGAACCCUCGAGAGACUUGGAAAAGAUGAUCUGAAGGAGGCGAAAGGUCUCUUAUUACCAGUAAUCCCAACUUUGAUCGCUCGAAGAAGAACGGGCUUGAUUAAAGUCCUUAUAGAACGAUCUGGAGUGCGUGGUGUUGAUUUGCAGGAUUUGGCAGACUUGAUUAAGGCCGAGUAUGAGAACAGCAACUCUUCGUUCUUGUCCGCAGUACUGAGUAUCACAUCGGUGGAGAGCAAGCAAGACCAAUCGUCGACUGAUAUUGAACAAGGCCAAACGAAAGCUCCAGUCAUUAAGACCGAUGUUCACGGUUCGCUACUGGCACAAGCAAUGCUUCAAGCAAAAGCAACCCGGGAUGUGGUUCAAGACGGUCUCCUGCUACUCUCCACCGAAGACCUGAUGGCUCUUUGCCGUGACCCCGCUGCAUCUCGCCUGAUUCAAGCAGCCCUCAACCCUUCCGACUUAAAUGCCUCCUUCCGCCGAAAAUUCGUUCCCAAAUUUUCUGGUCAGAUGGUCUCCUUGUCCCUUGAAUUGACAAGUUCCUACGUUGCUGACGCACUCUAUCCUGCCACCGAUGGUUUACACUUUAUGAAAGAGAAACUUGCCAAAGAACUGGCCGGAAGUGAAACACAAUUACGAGAAUCUCCUUUCGGAAGAAAUGUCUGGAAGAAUUGGGCCAUGGAUCUUUUCCGGAGACGACCAGGUGAAUGGCGAGGUAUGGCAAAGAAUCAAGCCUCUCAAAUCCAAAGUCAAGACAGGCAUGGAGGCGAGACUACACAGGGUGAGACCGCCUCAAAACAGAAGAAGACUCCAAUUCAGCUCGCGCGAGAGAGACAUGCACAACGCAAAUCACAUGAAACAACCUCAAAGCCAUCGAGGUUUGGAACAGGCUCCAACGCUGUGGUUCCGACAAAUGCUUGA